AGAAGCAAAUUUACAAUGGACGAGUUACAUUUUACAGAAUGUACCCAAUCAAGAAGGCGAGGCUUUGACGCGCUCUUCUUGUAUCAUCUGUCAGGUGCGUGUAUAAUAGCACCGUCUUUUGACGUUAACUUGAGAUCUUCGGUCGUCACUAGCACAGCAAAGGAAACAGAGAACGGUAUUUCGCGAGACGAUUAUUUCACCAUGACUCAGGCGGCUGUAUUGAUUGGAUCUGCACUGUGCGCAAUGCUUUUUCUCUCCAUCCCCGUCACAUCCGAGGAAGGCGUGGUCAAGAUCUAUAGCGAACACGUUGCAGGUUUCUAUGGAGUCUUCAAGAUGAAUGUCACCUCCGACGUCACCAACGGUUGGCACGUGACCUUGAGGUUUUCAAAACCUGUCGGGAGCUUGAAACCAAGAAACGCAGUGGUGAAGGUGGUGUCUGAAGACAAAACAAUCUUUAAGUUGGCCAACACUAUCUGGAACCCGCGAUUGACAGCCGGGCGGAUUCUGAAGAUCGUGUUUUACGGCAAAAAGGCAGAGAGUGGAGCGAAGGCACCUACCGUUGCAGCUGAUUUCAAGCGAGACUAAAAAUCUGAGAGGAAACCAGAAGGCAGAGAUGGAUUGAUAUUAUGAAAUGGAUAGAAUAAAAGUAAACCUAUACGGAAAGACUUUUCUUAAUUUUCCAUAUUAAUAAAAAAGAAUUUUUAAAGAAUAAA